AUGGUAGUCGAGACCGGAAGAAAUGGGCACGAGCUGGCUCCCUUGAACAACCACCGCCAACCCGGCCACAACGUGACGAUCGUGGCAGCAGCAACUCAAAAUGUUGCUGGUCGAGAAACGAAGGAAGAGAACAGGGCGGCGUGGAGUGGGAAAAUGCAAUUUUUUCUCAGUAUUAUCGGAUACAGCGUCGGUCUGGGCAAUAUCUGGAGGUUUCCUUAUUUGUGCCAACAGAACGGAGGUGGUGCCUUCCUCAUUCCCUUUUUCGUGAUGCUUAUCCUGGAGGGUGUACCCCUCUUCCUGAUCGAGUUGGGUCUCGGACAACGUAUGCGGCAAGGUGCUCUGGGUGUAUGGAACACAAUACACCCUUGGCUAGGCGGUAUAGGGAUCGCAUCGUGUAUAGUGACGUUUUUCGUUACGCUUUACUACAACGUAAUUAUUACCUGGUGCGUCUACUACCUCUUCAACUCGGUCGAGGCUAUCACGAUCAAAUUUGGCGAAUCACUGCCGUGGGCAAAAUGCCCGGUAUUAGACGGGAAACCAGUCGAGGAAUGUGUCAAGAGUUCGGAGACAGCGUACUUUUGGUAUAGGACUACUUUGGAUGCGGCACCAUCCAUUGAGGAUGGCCAAGGUCUCAAAUGGUGGAUCGUACUUUGUCUUUUGCUCAGCUGGAUUGUCGUGUUUUUCAUCGUCAUGAAAGGAAUACAGUCGUCCGGCAAAGUAGUAUACUUUACGUCGAUGUUUCCGUAUCUCGUACUAACCAUCUUCUUCGUCCGCGGGAUAACGUUGGAAGGAGCAAGCGCCGGACUGGCGCACAUGUAUACGCCAAAGGUCGAGAAAUUGUUGGAGCCCACGGUCUGGCUUGACGCGGCGACCCAGGUCUUCUAUAGUUUCGGGCUGGCGUUCGGCUCCCUGAUAGCAUUUGGCAGCUACAAUACUCCUGACAACCACUGCGUGAGGGACGUGAUCCUGGUGAGCGUGUGCAACGCGUUUACUGCCAUUUACGCGAGCGUUGUCAUUUUCGCCAUUUUGGGGUUCAAGGCAAUGUCAAACGUGGAGAAGUGCGUCGUCAGUGCGAAGGAUAUCCUGAUACAAAAUGGGUAUUUGGCUAAUUCGACCUCAUUCAGACUCAAGGACUACGAACUCUUUAUGAGCAACUCCUACAACUCUUCAAUGAAUCUUACAAUGAAAUCAUGCAGUCUCAGCAAGGAAUUGGACAACGCUGCCGAGGGCACCGGACUGGCUUUCAUCAUCUUUACACAGGCAAUCGUGGAAUUGCCGGGUGCUCCGUUUUGGUCUUGCAUUUUCUUCAUGAUGCUUCUUGCCCUCGGCUUAGGUUCGCAAAUUGGAUUACUCGAGGGUAUGCUCUGCGUAAUUUUCGAAAUAGAUCUCUUCAAAAGAAUAAAGAAGCAAUAUAUGACAGGAGUUGUUUGUGUUGUAUGCUUCUUCGUUGGACUCAUCUUCUGUACUGGCGCCGGUGAAUAUUGGUUGAAGAUGUUUGAUAGUUUCGCCGGUACCAUUGGUCUCGUUAUAGUCGCCCUGAUGGAAAUGAUCUCUGUGAUUUUCGUGUACGGUCACGAAAAAUUUACGAAGGACAUCGAAGAGAUGACCGGAUAUAAACCUGGGGCUUAUUGGCAAAUCACGUGGCGAUUUCUCGCUCCCAUAAUAAUGCUUUGCAUCCUUGUGUUUAGCGUCAUUUCCAUGUUUAUCAAGAAACCACAAUAUUCGGCAUGGAAUGCGGCAACGGGUGAAGCAGUGCCCACGAGUUAUCCUGGCUGGGUGCUGGGUAUCGCCGUCAUUAUCAUUUUGGCAGGAAUCGCUCCGAUUCCAAUCGUUUUCCUUUUACGACGAUUCCAAUUGGUGAAACUCGAUGUGGAUAUACAUCAAGGCAGUAUUCGACGUAUCGAUACUACUGUUUCUACCAAGGAGAUGAUGGGCGACGUUGACCUUGACGAGUAUCACGAUCGACUCGAGGACUUCCCGGAAGAAGAUGAAGACAUUAAUAGCGAUGAUGAUACGAAUACUGCACCGACUAUGAAUAAAAUAGCUAACAAAGCAAUGAAGGGCAGAGCCUUCAAAAUGGAAGUGAUGAACUUUUAAAAACGCAUAAUCGGCGAGACUUCUUCCAUUUGUCUGUGAACUGUAUAGAUAUCAGAUAUAU